GUCUUUCUGUUGGCGGCGGUUUGGGGUCUUUGCAGCGUUUGCAGGACCCAAAGCUCUAGAUCACUAGGCGCAGCCCAGGUAACGGAAACUGGAAAAAGCUCGAGGGGACGCCGUCCACACUCCGCGGGAGUGAGCGGGAUGCGGAACCUGCUUCCGGAAUAUUCGGGCCACAUUACCACCAUUAUCCCGCCGCGCUCAACGGGUCCUACGGCAACCAGCGCGCUACAAGACCCGACCUGUAAGGUCGGAUCUUAACAAACGGCACCGCGAAACAGAGGAAAGCUUCAAGUGAGCUUUAUUAGGAAGCGCUCCCGGGCGAGGUUCACUGGUCCGAGAGAAAGGGGUCAGAGAAGUCGCGCCCAGUACUGGAUGAGGGGGAUUUUUAUUGGAGUAAAAGCAGAAGGCGGCUUGCAAGGGGAGGGGAUGGUUUGCUAUACAGGGUAAUUCCUUAUUUGGUGAGGAUACAGCAGGGCCAGGUGUUGGUUGGUCUGUUGUGGGGCGUAAGCCCAUUUUCCCUUCCCCUCAGCCCCAUUGUUUUCUGGGCAGGAAGUUAGAGUCUCUUGUUGAUCCCAGAACAGGUGAGGUCAUUAUGUCCCAAUGCCUCUCCUACCUCAUACUGGUCGAUGUUUAUUCUUACCCCCCCCCCGGGCCUCCUUUCACCCGGGCCAAGGGACCUUACACGACCCAGGUGACUGUUGGGUCCCCCAGAUCCUGACCCGAAUCCUCAAGCCUCCAAUGAGGGACUCCUGUUCAGGGCACUGCGGUUCAGGCGCCUGUCUCCAGAACUUUAGGUGUGCGUGUGUGGUGGCCCUAUUUCUGACAGGCCGUGUGGAGAGUGUUAAAGGCUGGGGCCUUGGCACGUGCAAAUCCUUGGAGAGUCACAAGAGCAGGGAACAUUCUGGAAACCUGGGGUUGGAGUCCCUUCUUCAGAAACGUGGCAUUAUGGAGGAGUCAUAUGAGCCCUUCUGGGCCAACAGUCGGCAUUCUGGAAGUCAUGGAGGGUUGUGAAUAAAUCAGAAAGACACACUGAGUUAGUUUUAAAGUAUUUCAAAGGCUGCUCAGGGGAGAACAGACUGGGAAGGGGGAGCUGAGGGUGGAGGCAGGGGAGACCUGGGAGAGCCUAGUGCAUUCCACUCCAGAGAGUAAGUUGUUUUCUGGACCAGAGUGGUGCCUAUGGAAGUUAUUGACCUGAAACAAAUAGCCUCCUGACUAUUUCUUCUGCAAAGAUGAGUUUUUUUCGGGAUCAUCAGGGAAUUGCAAUUGAGAUGUGCGGCCAUGAUGAACUAAAACUUUUAUAGAGAUUAAAGAAGGAAGUUAGAAGGGCUAUAGUCACCAAAGAGUCCAUGGCUUUUCGUUGUCUGAGUCCUUUCCAGGAGAGAAGAGAGUCGUCUUCUUCCUUUUGGAUACUAUUAUUGUCUCAGGUCAGUGAGGGCUCCCCCUUCUGGUGUGCCGACUCUAACUGAGGUUUCUGUUUAUUAAUUUUUUACAAAGGAAUACAAAUAAUAAGGUUCAUAAUAAAUCUGCAAGAUAAUUGGCAAUGAAUGUUGUUCUAAGCAAAAGGACAGAGUAAAGGACAAUAAAGUUUUUCUUUUGGCUGAGCAUCUGGAAGACAUGUCAGGGAGAGAUUAAAAUUUGAUUUUGGAGGGAGUUCCCUGGUGGUCCAGUGGUUAGCACUUGGUGCUUUCACUGCUGUGGCUCUGGGUUCAACCCCUGGUGGGGGAACUAAGUAAGAUCCUGCAAGUCGUGUGGGGCAGCCAAAAAAAAAAAAAAAAAAGUAAGGAGUUAACAGUCAGGGCCAAUUUGUGACACAGGGGCUGCUGGAGUCCCUAAUCUGGAAUUGGGGGAGGAGGUCGCUAGCUCAGCAAUGUCCAUGUGGUGACAGCCUAAGUCCUGGACUCUGGCCAUGUCUGGACUCAAAUUUAGGAGGGAAAGUCUUGUCACUUUUCUGUGCAAGGAGACCUCAGAUGAAAGUAGAGAGACCUGGGGCUGGAGGGCAGGGCAAACGGGGUGGGACUUUCUGAGGCUGCCUGAAGAUGAGAGGGUCCUGUGGUUCCAGGGCUUUCUGGGGAAGCAAGGGUAUAAGGAGUAAGGAGCCUUGCCUGAGAUGGAGAUGGAGAAGGAGUUUUGAGAUUGUAUAGAUUCACUGUUCUGAACACUCAGCCGACUGCCCACUCCUUGUGGAGUCAGAAAAAGGUCAGCCAUGCUGGUGGAGCAGCCCAGGCCCAGUCAAGGGCACACGUGCCUCAGCUCUCCCAGGAAACUACAAGGUUAAAAAUGUAUAGAUUUAGCAAGUUAAUCUUGUGUAAGCAAGUAAUAACUGCUUAAAAUGAGAAUAUAUAUCUGUGUUAUAAUAAUAUAUAUAUGUUUAGGUUUUGUCUUGAGUUCUUCACAGAGCUCUGAACCUCUUAGAAUUGUCUGGGAAUUAGGACUGUUUUUUGUUAUUCACAACUAGCCCUUUUUAUCACGUGGAAGUUUAUUAUAAUGAAGUGACAUAGGGUGGAUUCUCCAGAUACCCUCAGGAUGGGACUGCUCUCUAGAAAAAACAAGUGAUUAGAAGUUUCAACUCCCAGACCUACCCGGCAACUCCUAAGGAUCUGGAGAUUAGGUUCCCAUGGUAGCAGCAGCAUUUAUGGUCCCUGGACAGGGCCAUGUGGUCUUUGAGGAUGUGGCUGUGUCCUUCUCCCAGGAGGAGUGGGGUCUCCUUAACGAUGCUCAGAGACUCCUGUACUGUGACGUGAUGCUGGAGAACCUGUCACUUAUAGCCUCCCUGGGGUGUUGGUGUGCAGUAGGUACUGAGGAGGCCGCUUCUGAACAAUGUGUUUCUGUAGAACUAGUGACACAAGACAGGAAUCCAAAUCCAGACCCAUCUAUCCUGAAGACUCUUACUUCGGAUACGGGUGCCCUGGUAGAGAAAUAUGUUUUGUACCUGGCUGAGCACCAAGGAGUGCAUUCUGGGCUGAAACCAUCCUCUUCUGGGGCCUGUGGGAAAAUGUUCACUUCUCACCUACAACAUCACCAGAAGCAGCCCAGUGAAGAGAAACACCUCAGAAGCGAGGAAAAUGGAGCCUUGCUUAUGACGAGCUGCAAAGUCUUUUUACCCGACAAUAUGUUCACAUGUGGAGAGGUUGAGAAGGCGUUCCUAAGCAGCUUGGGCUUUCCCUAUCACCAGCCGUCCCACGAUGGAGAGCACCCAGGUAGAAGCAGGCAGAGCAGGGAGGUCUCUCACCCUGGGCAAGGGCAUUAUGCGUGCAAUGAAUGUGGCAAAGCCUUCAGUAAGAAGUAUAAAUUCAUGGAGCACCUGAGAGUUCACACUGGUGAAAAACCUUAUGAGUGCAGUGACUGUGGAAAGUUCUUUAGACUCACCUCCAGUCUUACUCACCAUAGGAAGGUUCACACAGGAAAAAGGCUUCAUGAGUGCCCUAAUUGUGGGAAAGUGUUUGCCCACAAAUAUAAACUUGUUGAGCACCAGAGAAUCCACACUGGAGAAAGACCCUAUGAGUGUAAUCAAUGUGGGAAAGCUUUCCUUCAAAAGGAUACACUUGUUAGGCACCAAAAAGUCCACACUGGAGAAAAUCCUCAUAAGAGCAGUGAAUGUGGGAAGCCCUUCCUUUACAAAAAAAAUCUUGUGCAUCAGAGGAUCCAUAUUGGAGAAAAGCCUUAUGGAUGUAGCAAAUGUGGGAAGUCAUUCGUCUUCAAAAAAAGGCUUCUUGAUCACCAGCGAAUCCACACCGGAGAAAAGCCUUAUAUGUGCAGUGAAUGUGGAAAAGCCUAUGUCUACAAAGGAAGUCUUGUUGUGCAUAAGAGAAGUCAUACUGGAGAAAAGGCUUAUGGGUGUAAAUGUGGGAAGUUCUUUACAAGCAGCUCUGCCCUCAGUAAACACCAAAAUGUUCACACUGCAGAAAGGCCUUAUGAGUGCAGUGAAUGUGGGAAAGCUUUCAAGGUCAAAAUUAAACUUGUUGAGCACCAGAGAAUCCACACUGGAGAAAAACCCUAUGAGUGUAAUCAGUGUGGGAAAGCCUUCAAGCUCAAGUAUUCACUUGUUCGGCACCAAACUGUCCACACUGGAGAAAAGCCUUUUAAUUGCAAUGAAUGUGGCAAGCCUUUCAGUUACAAAACAAGUCUUCUUGAGCACCAGAGAAUCCACACUGGAGAAAGGCCUCACACAUGCAAUAAAUGUGGGGAAGGCUUUGUCUACAGAAGAAGUCUUGUUGUCCACCAGAGAAUCCACACUGGAGAAAGGCCUUAUAUGUGCAGUGAAUGUGGAGAAGCCUUUGUCUAUAGAAGAGGUCUUAUUGCCCACCAGGGAAUCCAUACUAGAGGAAAACCUUGAGUGUAGUUCUUUGCAGGCAGCUCCAGGCUCAUAAAAAACAAGAAAGUUCACACUGGAGAAAUGCCCUCCAGACUUGAGCUUUCCUUCACUUGAGUUAAUAUCUAGCAGCAUAUAGAGUAGGUGUCAUAGAGUAAGUGAAAAUUUAACUUACGUGGAGCCAAACUUUCGUAGACUGGUAGUAUCCUGUUACAGUCUUACUAGAAGCACCAGAACGUGAGUUCUUGUUCUUUACAUUCUUAUCAACACUUGGUAUGGUCAGGCUUUCUAACUUCAGUGAUGUAAGAGGUGUAUAGUGGUAUCUAGUGAUUUUAACGAGUAUUUCCCUAUUGACAUGAUGUUGAGUGGUUUUUCAUGUGAUAAUUUCAUUCAUAGUUUUUUGAAAUUUCUGUUUAUAUGAUUUGUCAUCUUAAUUACUGAGUUUUGACAUUUCUUCAUGGAUUAUUGAUUAAGGUUCUCUAAUGGAAAUAUCUGACAUUAUUUUCAUCCAGAAUUGGCCUUCUCAUUUCAGUAGCUUUUCCAGAGAAAAAGUUUUCAGCUUUAAUGGAUUCUUACUUGUGCAUUUAUUCUUUUACUGCUUAUGCUUUUGGUGUUCUAUCAAUAAAUGAAAAAUGUUUCCCAAA